AUGUUGACCGAACAGCGCUAUAGCACACUGUUUUUGGCUCUCGUCUUCGCUCUUAUCCAGACUGUUUUGAUUGCAGCUGAUGGCGAAGCCGUCUGCAGUGUCAAGCCACCCUUGCUUCCAAACAACCACCUCUACACUCAACACUGCGGGGACAAUUCUCGGACGCUCUGGCCUUGCUUCACGCACAGUUCUGGUAGCCUGUACGGCACCGACAUCCUCCGAUUUACCCCUCUAGGCCAAUUCGAGGAAGACGGCAUACUUCUGGCCAAGGACGCCGAUCUGGUUGAUUUCACGCCCAGAGAUGCGGACAGGUCAUUCGCCAUCAACUACUAUCAAGUGGGAAUUCAGCUCGAGUACAGUCCCGUACGACCCGGAUGUGGCGUCCUCAGUGUCAACAAGUAUGAUGUCAACAGCAAGUAUAGGAUGACCGUUACGUCCGGGACCGAAGGGGCGUCUGCACUGGGUGAUACUGGAGACGAUAAUGGUGCACAAGUGACCACCUGUACAAAGAUGUAUCACAUUCGUUUGUUCAAAGAGUAG